CUGCCAAUAAUCACCGCUUCGUUCUAAUACUCCUACUUUUCACCUGCCGAAGGGACAAUAUUACAGAGACAUGGUAAUCUAUAAAUUUUCCAUUGCUAGUAACAUAGAAACUUACUUCUAUCAAAUUUUUUAAAAAGUAAAAAAUAUAUGUUUUCUCUUUUAUGAACAAAUAUAUAUAUACCAUAGCUGUGCUUCCUGUGAAUUCAGGGACCACAUGAUACAAUUUUAUCCUGCAAGACAAAGACCCCAACAGCAUUUAAGGAUUCUUCAUAAAAGCAUGUACUCUGUCCAAAAUGAUGCCCACAAAGUUCAUUAUCUCUGCUUGCUAAUUACAAGCUAAAACUUAAAUUUUCUCUUCAUCAUCAGAAUCUUAUUUGACUAAUAACACCAUCAUAAGCUUGCUGUGAUCCAGUUGAAAGUAAUGUGCCGAGGACAUUAAGCACAUAGAAAUGAAUUAAAAGAAGCAGAGUUCUGCAAAUGACCUUAACCAAAUUACUAACUUCUUUCACCAGCCAGCUCUCCUCUCUCCAUGGCAUUCAUGAAACAACCAACCACCAUAAUUACCUGAGAAACAGGACACUGUAAUUGUCCCUUCCAUCCUCUCUGAUAUUUCAAGCAGCAAGAUCUCCACAAAACCUUCUGUUCUGCUCUUCCUCUUCUUUUCCUUCUCUUCAAUCUCCUAAAACUCCUUUCUUAGCCUAGAAUGUCCGGAGGACCACUAAGAUGGCUGUUUUUCAUUGUAACGAGCUAUCUAGCCUUCAUCGUUGUCCUCUCCUACCCUCUGAACAGACAGACCUACAUUAUCCAGAUGGAUAAGUAUGCAAAACCAGAAUCUUUCUCCAAUCACCUUGAAUGGUACUCCUCGAAAGUACAAUCAGUAUUGUCUAAAUCUGAACAUGAAGCCGAUACAGACAACGAUGAGAGGAUAAUUUAUAGUUAUCAGACUGUUUUUCACGGGGUUGCUGCCAAGUUGAGUGAAGAAGAAGCUAAGAGGCUAGAGGAAGCAGAUGGUGUCGUGGCUAUAUUCCCAGAGACUAAAUAUCAGAUACACACCACAAGAAGCCCUAUGUUCCUUGGACUAGAACCACAAGACAGCACAAGUGUCUGGUCUCAAACAAUUGCUGAUCAUGAUGUUAUAGUGGGAGUCCUAGACACGGGUAUUUGGCCAGAGAGUGCAAGCUUCAAUGACACAGGCAUGACUACAGUGCCUGCUCAUUGGAAAGGAACCUGUGAGACAGGCCGAGGAUUUGGAAAACACCACUGUAAUAAAAAAAUUGUCGGUGCAAGAGUAUUUUACAAAGGAUAUGAAGUUGCUACUGGGAAAAUCAAUGAGCAAAAUGAAUACAAAUCACCAAGAGAUCAAGAUGGCCAUGGGACUCAUACGGCAGCCACAGUUGCUGGUUCUCCGGUGCAUGAUGCCAAUCUAUUGGGGUAUGCAUAUGGAACAGCAAGAGGAAUGGCCCCCGGCGCAAGAAUUGCGGCUUACAAGGUUUGCUGGGCUGGUGGGUGUUUCAGCUCAGAUAUUCUGUCGGCAGUUGAUAGGGCAGUGUCUGAUGGAGUGAAUGUUCUCUCUAUAUCUUUGGGUGGUGGGGUUUCAUCUUAUUAUCGUGAUAGUUUGUCCAUAGCAGCUUUUGGGGCGAUGGAGAUGGGCAUUUUUGUUUCAUGCUCUGCCGGGAAUGGAGGGCCUGACCCUGCCAGCCUCACAAAUGUUUCACCAUGGAUCACCACAGUUGGUGCCAGCACCAUGGACAGAGAUUUUCCAGCAACUGUUCAUCUGGGGACUGGGAGAACGUUAACUGGGGUAUCACUCUACAAAGGACGGAGGACUCUUUUGACAAACAAGCAAUAUCCUCUGGUUUAUAUGGGUAGUAACUCUAGCAGCCCUGAUCCAAGUUCUCUGUGUCUGGAAGGAACCCUGAAUCCACAUAUUGUUGCUGGAAAGAUUGUAAUAUGUGACCGUGGUAUUAGUCCAAGAGUCCAAAAGGGCCAGGUAGCAAAAGACGCAGGAGCAGUAGGCAUGAUUUUGACAAAUACAGCAGCAAAUGGAGAAGAGCUGGUUGCAGACUGUCACCUAUUUCCAGCCGUUUCCGUGGGCGAGAGAGAAGGGAAAUUGAUAAAACAUUAUGCUUUAACUAGACGGAAUGCGUCUGCAACUCUAGCUUUUCUUGGUACGAAAGUGGGAAUCAGACCAUCUCCAGUGGUGGCAGCAUUUUCAUCUAGAGGACCAAACUUCUUGAGUCUUGAGAUUCUGAAGCCAGAUGUUGUUGCACCAGGUGUGAACAUUAUUGCUGCUUGGACUGGUGAAACAGGUCCUUCAAGCUUGCCGACAGAUCAUCGGAGGGUGAGAUUUAACAUACUGUCUGGAACUUCCAUGUCAUGCCCACAUGUCAGUGGAAUUGCUGCAUUGCUCAAGGCUAGGCACCCAGAAUGGAGUCCAGCGGCAAUAAAAUCUGCUCUGAUGACAACAGCUUAUGUUCAUGAUAACACCCAAAAGCCACUGCAAGAUGCCUCGACAGAUGCUCCUUCCAGCCCAUAUGAUCACGGUGCAGGGCACAUAAAUCCACUGAAAGCUCUAGACCCAGGUUUAAUUUAUGAUAUUGAAGCCCAAGACUACUUUGAAUUUCUAUGCACACAAAGGCUAUCAAUAACACAGCUGAGAGUUUUUGGCAAGUACGCAAACAGAACUUGCCAAAAAUCCUUAUUAAGUCCAGGAGAUCUGAAUUAUCCAGCUAUCUCUGCUGUGUUCACGGACAGUAACACCAUUUCAAGUUUGACUCUUCACAGAACUGUUACCAAUGUUGGCCCUCCAACUUCAACAUAUCAUGCAGUAGUCUCUAGAUUCAAAGGUGCAACUGUCAAAAUUGAACCAAAAACCCUGAAGUUCACUGCCAAAAACCAGAAACUAUCUUACAGGAUUACCUUCACCGCAAAAUCUAGGCAAAUAAUGCCAGAGUUUGGGGGACUGGUAUGGAAAGAUGGAGUUCACAAAGUAAGAAGCCCAAUUGUUCUUACAUGGCUGACACCAAUAUAAAUUGUGCCGCAGUAUUCAAAAUUGUCCCACAAUAAUCGAGUUGUUUUAAAGAGCCAAGGAGGCUCUAUCAUUUUCAUUAUAUGCAAUGUAGUUUCUUUUCUCUGUUUUCUUGCAGUAAUAUAUCCUGAGUUCUUCUGAUAA